UGACAUUUCUUUAUUAAAUCAUAAAAAUGUUCGCCAAUGCCCAACAGAGCGGUUUCAUAUCCAUAUUUUACAGUGUGGGAAGUAACCCGUUGGCUUUAUGGGACAAACAGGUAAAAAAUGGUCACAUAAGAAGAGUAAUAGAUGAAGAAGUCAAAUCUUUAGUGCUGGACAUUGGAGGCACCAAUGUUGCCACCACUUACAUUACAUGCCCAAUCAAUCCUAGAGCCUCGCUGGGUAUCAAAAUGCCCUAUAUGAUUAUGCUGAUAAAGAAUAUGAAAAAGUUUUUUUCAUUUGAGAUCCAGAUUUUGGACGACAAAGACAUGCGCCGAAGAUUUAGAGUGUCGAAUUUUCAAUCUACGACGAAAGUGCGUCCUUUCUGCACUUCGAUGCCCAUCGGUUUGACCGCCAAAUGGAACGAGGUGAUUUUUAAUUUGGCCGAUUUCACUAAGAGAGCCUACGCAUCCACCUAUAUAGAAACUAUAAGGGUUCAAAUACAUGCCAACACAAGAAUAAGAAGGAUCUAUUUCACCGAUCAAAUUCGUAGCGAUGAAGAUUUGCCCAACGAGUUCAAAUUAUUCGCUCCAGGUUCCAGAGAAACCAAACCCAAAGCUAGUGCUAGUAAAGAGAUUAAGAAGGCUUCUAGGGAAGCAGUAGCUGUAGUGCCUGAAGCUGCUGCCGAACCCCCUGUUCCAUACAUCAAGUUAGACGAGGAAGUUCCACCGCCACCGACACCAGCAGAAGAAUCACCAAUAGACACAGCAGAACUUAGAGCAGAAGUGACUACAACACCGGCCGGUGAAACUGAAAUUGACUUAAAAGUUGCUGAGAGUGAACUAGAAACAGCUGCAGAAGUCGAGGCACCGCCUGCCGAAAGCGCCGAAGAAGCUGAAGUUAAACCAGAAGAAGUUGAAGAAGUUGCACCAAUAGAGGAAGGCGAAGCGCCACCGGCUGAAGAGGGACAGGUUGAAAUAGUUGAAGUUGCGGAGCCUGCAGAAGAAGUUGAAACUGUUCCAGUGGAAGAGGGAGCUCCAGCGGAAACAGGAACUGCAAGUGGGGAGCCAUCUAUUACUGAAGCUGUUGCUGAAGAAGCAGCAGUUUCUUCUGAAGCCCCUACAGAAGGAGAAAUCGUGAAGGAAGAAGAAGCAUCAGAACCACCUUCAGACGUGGAAACAGGGUUUACUUCAGAAGCCACUGAAGGAGAAACAAGUCCUGAUGAGAUGCCAACUGCCACAGAUGAAGGAGAACCCUGAUUGUUUAUAAUGAGUGAUUUUAUUUAUUUAAUAUUAUUAUUAAAGCUUUUCAACUAUUA